GUGCGAUCUCUCCAUUCAAAGCCACGAUCUGAGCCCUUCGUCUAAUCUCUAUACACUGCAGGAGGGCCCGGAAAGCUUUUUAUUGACCUAAUGGUGUUGUCAGUUACCUUUGGGCGCAUCCGUCUUCGUCAUCUUUCCCGUCUCUGAACCCAUUUCUUUCUUCUCAGAGAGAAGCCAUAGAUUUAACGGACGAACGAAAAUAAAGGAAAAAAAAAGGAAAGAAUAUCUUUUAAUCUAUAAUGGCACCCUCCUCAAGACCGGACAGCCAUCUUAAUCUUAGCUACCUCCCGACGGGCCAGCCACGUUCGGGAACAUCGACCGGAAGCUCGUCUCCCAGCGAACUACAGGCGCCAGGCUCGAUGAAAUCCGCAUUUGGAGGAUCAAAUGGCCUAGUCAGCGCAGGUGGAUCAAUCGGAAGUGCGAGAAGGACGGCUGGCUCCCCUUCCCACGAACUCAGCGCUCGCAUCUACUCCAAGCGGGCAAGAGAGAUCCAAGCUCAAGAAGGGGUGACUCCGAAUAUCUGGGGUCCUCCAACCAGCGGAAACUCAACACCUUUGCGAGAAAACAUCCCCGAGUCCCCCGGUCAGGAUGAAUUUCCAGAUUUAAUCCCACUGCCAGAGACGAACAUCCAGAGCCCAGCGCGACGCACACGGGCUGACACGGUUCCCUCUCGAUUCUCUCCAGUCGGGCCUCUCAACGGCGUCAACGUCCAGUCGUCCAUAAAUUCCAAAACCUCUAGACCUACCCCAUCGACCAGUCCCUUUCGUCCUCCUGGCCUAGAAACCCCAAGAACUUCGGCUCCGGGAAGCGGAGUCCUUCUAUCUCGACUUCGAGCAGGGUCUAUGCCACAGCGCACGACCGUCCUUGGAAACAGUAACCCCUUUGGCCCGUCUCUCUUCUCGACCAACUGGGCUUCGGGCCGUGACCGCGCUACUACUCUGACCAGCAUCCGCUCCUCGGAAGGACCCACGUCUCCAUCGCAGUCUUCCUUUUCGCGAGACGGCUUAGCCGACGCUGACGUGAAAACUUUAGAUUAUCUUGGCCUCGCAGAAACUCCACAACAGACAAGGGCGACCCUGGCGCGUCCUGCUGAUAUCAUGAUGCAGCAACAACAGCAGCACCAGCAGCAACAGCAGCACCAGCAACAACAACAACACCAAGCCCCCUCUUUGCCUCCGCUGCUUGCUGAGCUAACGAUGCUGAACAGGGGUACGAACAGGUUCCGCUCAUACUCGGUCAAUGCAAAGGAAAAGUAUGCCGAAGAUGAAGAAGAGUUUGGGGCUCACUAUUCGGGUAUACCAUCUGGAACCUUGACCCCUUCAGCUGCAGCCACAGCAGCUCAGUUGGCUGCAACUCAGGCUCAGAUUCAUCAGCAUAACCUCGCUGUUCAAGCAUUUGCAAACCAGGCGUCGGCAAGCCGGCCACGCGCUCGUACCGCCGGUGUGCUAGACACCCCACCUCAGCGAUCGGCGAUCCGUAACUACCUUGCGACUCCUUCCAGACUAGACAACAGUAUUAGCGCCGCGGAUUUACGAAUUGCUGAAGCAGGGGAAUAUGACGAGUUGCAGGAAGCCGUCCAGAUGAUGCAACUAGGAGGCCUUGGGACAAUGCGACCCGGCCAGGAAGUGGCCGAAGAAAACAAUCUGGAAGGACCAACCCGGGCGCUUUGGAUUGGGAGCAUACCCGUCUCGACAACUGUUACAUCUUUAGAUGCUAUUUUCAGCAUGUAUGGCAAAAUUGAGUCGACUAGAGUGCUGACCCACAAAAAUUGUGGAUUCGUCAACUUCGAGCGCGUAGAGAGCGCGAUCCAAGCCAAGUCGCUUUUGAAUGGCAAGGAAAUCUUUCCCGGUGCCGGCCCUGUCCGUAUUGGUUAUGCAAAGGUCCCGGUGACACCAGCUUCUGAGACUCCUGGUCACAGCGAUUCUCAGUCGUCUCCAACACCAGAUCCAAAUGCUUCCGGCCAGCAAGGUGACGGUGCAGCAGGCUCUGGCAAGGAAGAAGGCCGUGUCGAUUCUCCGAAGAUCCCCGAGCUAUCCAAAUUGCUUCCAGAGAUGGCCCAAAUUGUAACAGAAUUCGGUGCGUCAGAGAACGAAUGCAUGCAUAUCAGCCAGAAUAUCCAGAGAGCAAUCAGCUAUCAGUCUUUCAAUGACGAGAUUGCUCCAAUCCCCGAGCCGAGCCAAACUCGAACUUUCGAUGCUCCCAAACUCAGAGACAUCCGAAAACGCAUCGACAAUGGAGCAUGCAGUGUCCAAGAGAUUGAGGAGACCGCUAAAGCCAUGCUUCCUGAAAUCGCAGAACUAUCCUCAGAUUACUUGGGUAAUACUGUGGUGCAGAAGCUGUUUGAGUUCUGUUCUGAAGCCACCAAGGAAGAGAUGCUCGUUCCGAUCGCCCCUCAUCUUGCAGAAAUCGGCGUACAUAAGAACGGCACCUGGGCUGCACAGAAGAUUAUAGAUGUAGCGAAGACUCACACCCAAAAACAAAUGAUCGUCGAAAGCCUACGACCAUACACUGUUCCACUAUUCCUUGACCAGUACGGAAAUUAUGUCCUGCAAUGCUGUCUUCGCUUCGGGCCGCCCUACAAUGACUUCAUUUUUGAGACGAUGCUUAGUCGGAUGUGGGAAAUUGCACAGGGAAGAUUCGGCGCAAGAGCGAUGAGAGCGUGUCUAGAAAGCCACCAUGCCACGAAGGACCAGCAACGAAUGCUUGCGUCUGCCAUCGCUCUUCAUAGCGUCCAGUUGGCAACUAAUGCCAAUGGGGCUCUGCUGUUGACAUGGUUCCUGGAUACUUGCAAUUUCCCUCAUCGCCGCACUGUGCUCGCUCCUCGACUCGUUCCACACUUGGUGCACCUCUGUACGCACAAGGUAGCCUAUCUGACUGUAUUGAAAAUUGUGAACCAAAGGAAUGAGCCAGAAGCGAGAGAGAUUAUCCUGAAAGCAUUAUUCUUCAGCUCAGGAGAUGAAACUCUAGAGAACAUCCUCAAGGACCAGGUAUCCGGUGCGACAUUGAUAUUUAAGGUUCUCACCACACCUUUCUUCGAAGAGAGCAUGCGUGCUGAAGUGGUAAAAACCGUGGCGAAAGUCCUCACGAAGCUAAAAACUUCGCCAAGCCAAGGAUAUAAGCGCCUGAUGGACGAAGUUGGACUUUCUUCACGAAAUGGACCAUCGCGGGAUACUCAUCACGGUAGGGAUCACGGAAAUGGCCAAGAAAAGAACCAAGGAAGACAGCCUCCCAGGCAGCCCGCCGCAAAUGUUCCACCUCAGCCCGAAAGGCAAUACAGCGGACAGUUCCCGCCCAAUAUACCUCCUCAAUCUUUCAACUCUCCAUCCAACAUGGCCCGAUCCGUUUCAUCAGACCACAACCUUCUUCCCUUCGAUCCCUACUCGCUCGGUGGAAUAAACACUCAGGUUCCACUUGGUAACUUCAAUGCCAUGAAUGCCCCCGGUUUUAGUGCCGACCCUGUCAACUCUCUUAACCCACAAGUGCAAUACCAAAAUUUCCUGGCUGCUCAAUCCCGUGGAAUGUCUCCACAGGGAGCAUUCUACUCGGGAAUGCCAACGAACGGUUUUGGUGGUUAUCCAACAAACGCUCCUUCGAUAGAUGCAUUCCGUACCAUGCAAACCCACAGUUCUCCGAUUCCCGGACCACCGGCGCAGCUUAGCACCAAUCCGAUGAUGCAGCAGCCUGCAUUUGCUGCACCUUCGCAAUUCAGCCCUAUCACAACUCCGGUUAUGGGUGCUGGCCAGCUGUAUGGCUACCCACAACCUUUCUAUCAGCAGCCCCAGCCUUCGCAGGGGUCUGCUCCCGGUGGCCGCCGAGGACGGAGAUAAAGCAUAGUCCUCUAUUUGGAAUAUUCGACCGGUGUCUAUUUGUCUGAGAUCUGCUUCCUAUUUUCCCCCCUUCUUAAGGUGGUCACAAUUCCUUUGCCUUUUUUUUAUCACUGAAAGGGAGGAAGGGAAUGAAAGCGAAGGGCUCUAAACAGAACAAAAAGUAUCUAAACCAGCCAUAUUCUUUUUCUUCUUCACCUUGUUUUAUGAACUUGUUUACUUCCUCCUGAUGCUUCCUUUAUCCUACAGGGGAUUCUUGACACCACCUGGAGUUUUGAAAGCGUGGGAUAUUGCAUACAAGCCAUAUGUGCUAGCACAUGGUCGUGCAUAACUUGCAGGUCAUCCAGCAAGUAAACAAACCCAGGACCAUUAGAACACACAUGUCAUGCAGCACAUACCUGGACUUUUCUUUAAUUCAGUUUUACUUCUGCCACCGGCGGGCACGGAACCAUCCUUAACGCUACCUUGCUUUUUUGGACCUCAUUCUCUUCACUUGUUUGACCUGGUGUGUUUCUACUUUUGGUCAAAAAGCAAUCAGGCCUCUCUAAACUAUUUGAAGAUUUCAAAUUUGUGUGAAUCUCAUAUCUGCUUCCCUCCACUUUCCUUUCAUUUCUGCUUCUGUUUUAUUCAUCUUUUGUUCUUGUCAAAUGUAUGUAUGUAUGCAUGUGUAUGUGUUUGCUUUGUGAUCCCUCUUACCUAUGCUAUUUUCCUUUUUUUACCCCCUCCCUCAAAUCAGUCCAUCAAGGGCAGUUUGCAUUUAAAGAAAAAACCGGAUAAAUUAUAUUAUUGUCUAUUUGAUUGCAUACUUUUCGCUUAUGGCGUCGUACUACUUAGGGUAUGGUAGGGACUUUGUUGUUUCAUGUCAUAUGCUGAUUAUGGUUUGUUUUAUAUUCAAGGGUUGAUAGUGCGCAGUUACUUUGUAUCUUUUUGAAACUGAAUGAAAGGCUGGGAGUAUCAAUACCAA